GCACUGUACUGCUUUCUUAUUAGGUUUUAUUCUGUGAGAUAAUUCCUCAACCUUCGCAUUAUGACCUCGACUACCGUUUAGAUCACAAAGAAGACAAAAUUUCUACAUCGCCGUACCUAAUUUGACGCUCUAUGAAUUAGGUCGAUUCGUAAACGCGAGUUUUUAUAUUCAAAGUGUUAAGCUACGACAUUAGGUAUGAGGGAAUCCCUACUUUUUGUCCUUGUCGGACUCGUUCCUUCGUGUGCGGGGCACAGUGAGGAGAUAUGGAGCUCGCUCAAUACUAGCACCAAUGGACGUCUUCACACAGACCAACCCUUUGCAUUACCAUGUUAUUCGAUGUAUAAUGGAAACCCAGUCAAAGCUAAUAAAGAGCAAUGCUCUACUGUUCGAGAUAAUUAUACCACCAAUUCGAUCCAUGCAGCAACCCCCGGCGGAUAUCUGAAUCUUCAGGGGGAGUUAUGUCUAGCGAACCCCUUAGACGAGUGUACUCUCAACAAUACAGUGAUUCCAGCCCCAGAACCUGCUUCCGGAGUCUCGUGCAAUCAAGGGAGUGUUCCUUCAUAUUAUAUCGAGGUUGAAGAAAUUUCAGACAUCAGCGCAGCUUUAAGAUUCACUCGUGAAUACGGGGUGCCCUUAGUAAUCAAGAACAGUGGUCAUGAUUACAUGACUAGGAAUAGUCAAAAAGGAGCUCUUGCUCUCUGGGUGCAUAAACUGCAAGGUCUUACAUUCCAUGAGGACUACGUGCCAGAGGGAUGCGCCGAAAACCUAAGCGUUGGUCGUACUGUCACUACAGGAACUGGGGCUAGCGCGGGCGAUAUUCAGAAUUUUGCGCAUGAACACGGAAGUACGUUUAUCAGUGGCUACUCUCCGACAAUUGCGAGUUCUGGGGGGUGGGUUCUUGGCGGUGGGCAUAGCGUGUUGUCGCCUGUGUAUGGUCUUGGAGCCGACCGUGUGGUCGAAUUCAAGAUCAUUACCCCCGACGGAGUCAUCCGGGUUGCCAAUCAAUGCCAACAUGAGGAUCUUUUCUGGGCUCUACGCGGAGGGGGUGGUGGCACGUUUGGAGUUGUGUUAGAAGCUUCACACCGCGUUGAACCCUUAAUGUCCGUCGCGGUUGCUAAUAUCAUUCUUCCCGAAAAUGGAACAGCGGAUACAUCGUUGCAGUGGAUCGAAUUGAUGGCACGACAGUCCUUAACUUGGGGUAAGCAGGGCUGGGGAGGCCAUGCGGCAGGGCUGUACCUAACCUAUAUGAAUCCAAUGCCGGCCAUCGCUAACUUGACGGAUGGAUCUUCUGCUGCUAGGGACUCGAUGAGAGUUGCCACAGAAUUUGCACUUGCUGCUGGAGGGACUAGCACCAUAGAAGUUCUCCCAAGCUUUCUUGAUGUGUGGAAUAAGUAUGUUCUGCCGGGAGCCUUGGCAACGGCGGGAGUAACUCGCAUAUUGGCAACAAGAAUUAUUCCCCGAAAGUUAUUUGAAGACGAAGCCGGAAUAGCCAAAUUGAUGAAUUUCAUGGAAGCUGCACAGGAACUAGGCUUUGAUCCGCGUGGUUUCUACUGUCCAGUGGGUACUCCUUUUGUUGUUGGCGGCCCGAUGAACCUUAACGCUGCGAACGGGACGAAGCCUGCAACUUCUGUUCAUCCAGCAUGGUAUGAUUCUCUUUGGGAUAUUUCAACAUCCUUGACAAUACCCUGGGGUGCAUCAUAUGAGCAGCGGUUGCAAAAUAUGACAGCAAUCACAAAGGCGACCCUCCUUGCGGAAGAACUAACUGGCACCGAAGGAGGGACAUACACGAAUGAAGCGAAUCCUUUCACGCCCAACUGGCGUGAAUCGUGGUGGGGUGAUAAUUAUGAGAGGUUACUUGAAAUUAAGAAGAGGUAUGAUCCUGAAGGUGUUUUCAAAUGUUGGAAAUGUAUUGGCUUUGAAGACGAAGAAAUAUCUACCGAAAGAUUUCAUUGUCAGGGAAAACUACAACUUGACGUUGAUCGCAACUUGGCAAAUGCCAUAUGACCAUAGUAAUUCGGAUCAAACUUACGAGUAGCAAUUCACAUUCGAUAUUUCCACGAUCUAGGACGUUAAAAAGAGUAAUAUAGUCAGGAUCAAUGUUAGUUGGAUUCUAGAUAGGUCCUACCUAGGUACCUAUUGAGCCCGGCCAGUUUCAACUCCCGAUGCUUACCCCUAGG